UUUAGACUGCAAUUUCCACUUCCGUUCUUCUUCCUUUACAACCAGUUACGGCGUACAAGCUGGCUGGUCGGUUAAUGUGUGGUACGUGAAAAGUAGACUACGAAAUGUCGUUAUCAACGGCGCGACCAUUGAUUACUAUAUAUAAGGAUAAAAAUGAAGCAUCAGGCGAAACAGUUUCUCUGCCUGCUAUUUUUAGGGCACCGAUUCGUCCUGACAUAGUCAGUUUUGUACAUGAUCAAGUUUCUAAAAACAGCCGGCAACCAUACUGCGUAUCCAAGGAAGCCGGCCACCAAACCUCUGCAGAAUCAUGGGGUACUGGACGUGCUGUAGCACGUAUACCUCGUGUACGUGGAGGUGGUACCCACCGCUCUGGCCAAGGUGCGUUUGGAAAUAUGUGCAGAGGUGGACGCAUGUUUGCACCAACAAAGCCUUGGAGACGCUGGCAUCGUCGAAUUAAUGUCAACCAGAAAAGAUAUGCUCUGGUUUCUGCUAUUGCUGCAUCCGGCGUUCCAGCACUUGUACAGUCCAAAGGUCAUAUGAUUCAGGAAGUUCCAGAAUUUCCAUUGGUAGUAUCAGAUAAUAUUCAAGAAUACAACAAAACCAAACAAGCUGUAAUCUUUUUGAGACGUAUCAAGGCAUGGAAUGAUAUUCAAAAAGUUUACAAGUCACAACGUUUCCGUGCUGGCAAAGGUAAAAUGCGUAAUCGUAGACGCAUUCAACGUCGCGGACCUCUGAUCGUAUAUGGUCAAGACCAGGGCAUUCGUAAGGCGUUCCGUAACAUUCCUGGUGUCGAUCUUAUGAAUAUUAAUAAAAUGAAUCUGCUUAAAUUGGCACCUGGUGGUCACGUUGGGCGUUUCGUAAUCUGGACAAAAUCGGCUUUCGAAAAAUUAGAUGAUCUUUACGGAACCUGGCGAAAGGAAUCGAAACUUAAGGCCGACUACAACUUACCUUAUCCGAAAAUGGCGAAUACGGAUUUAUCGAGACUUUUGAAAUCUGAAGAAAUUCGUAAAGUUCUGAGAGCACCAAGGAAAAAGGUGAUCCGCCGAGUCAAGAAAUUGAAUCCAUUGACCAACACGCGUGCUAUGUUACGUCUCAAUCCAUAUGCAGCUGUUCUGAAACGUGCAGCAGUUUUGACGGCGAAGAAACGUCAGCAAGAAAGGGAGCUUCUUCUAGCGGAGAAACGCGGAGUAAAACUGCCAAAGAAUAUACCUGCUGUGAAGACCAAGUUACUCCUGGAAAGACGCAGGAAACAAAUCUUGGCUGCGAGAGCAGCGAAACCGAAGAAAGUGACGAGCGGAAAGAAGGCAGCAACACCUGUUACUGCAACUAAAUCCGCGAAGCCUACAAAGCCAACUGAAAAAAUUGUGACGAAAAGUACUACUGAAAAGGAAACUGCUGCUAAGAAGUAAAUAAAUUUUUAUCAACGCUUGUUGCUGACCCAUGAAUUUUGUCAAAUAAAAUGUGGGAAAACAACUACA